AUGGAACCCAUGAAUCCUGAACCAACUUUCAUUCGCCUACGUGGAGAUGUCAACAGCGAUGCAUUUUCUCAAGUCAACAGUGGCCAGAGUACAUGGCAGAUCCCUCGAGAUGCUAUGCAAGCUGCCUGCGAUCUCAUCUGGGCAAAAACCACUCAAAUGAAGCUAUCACUCAGGUCUAUUGCAUCAGUCACGCCAUUAGAUGUGAAAUCUUUCCCUUACCAGUUCUCUGACGGGACUGUUGCAGUGUUCUCGGCUGAGGCAAACAGCCUGUUAACAGCAUCCAAAGGAGAGCGUGUCACAACGUGUUUGCUAUGUGAAGCCAAGGUGCCAGAUAUGCGAUGCCAUGUGGGUCAACACAUCCUUCGUGCAUUGUGCAACACACCUGAGGUCAUCAGUAUGAAGGAACAGGUUGGAGAGCAUCAUCCAUGCGGGUUCUGUGGGCAUUCAGGACAGCCAGAGUGUGCCAUCACGAUCACAGUCACUGCAAGCAGCGCACCUACCUGGACAACACGCUGUAAAUAUCAGCAUGCCUUCAAAUACGGAGCUGUCGACAAUGGAUCGAAGAACAAGCCUUGCCAAAACCUCCCUCUCAAGUGUAUGCUGUACUAUCUAGUACUCCCCCCAGAGCCUGGGAGAUCUUUGCGAAAGGUGCCUGUUCUCGCUGUUGAUGCUAUCUGGCGCUACAACAUGCUCGAGCAUGUUAUGACAGUGCAUGAUAAAUAUUCAGUUCCUGGGUACAGAUCAGAGGAUGUCGAGCUGCCUGCAAGCACCCACAAUGAUAUGAUGCUGACAGAUCUUGAGCAGAGCAGUGCGCGCAUCCUGAAGGAGCGCUGGAUCACCCCGCCAAAUGUUUCAUCUGGGAUGGACAAGGAGAAUGUCCCUGCAUCAAGUUCCUGUCCUGUCAAACACUCUAUGACCACUUCUACUAGCUACAAGCCUGCCAAGUGCACUUGCACUGCUCAGACUUGA